AUGGCCAUGCUCGACUCCAUUAUUUGGUAUUGGCCACUGGACACGACAGGCGGCAGCAUCAACUUCAUCAUGCUCAUCAACUGGACGGUGCUUAUCCUAUAUAACUACUUCAAUGCCAUGUUUGUUGGGCCAGGAUACAUCCCUAUUGGUUGGUCCCCAGAAAAUGCACAUGAAAGUAAAUACCUGCAGUACUGCCGUGUGUGCCAGGGGUUUAAGGCACCAAGAACCCACCAUUGCCGCAAGUGCAACAGGUGUGUGAUGAAGAUGGAUCACCACUGUCCUUGGAUCAAUAACUGCUGUGGCCACACAAACCAUGCCUACUUCACCAGUUUUCUGCUGUUGGCUCCUCUGGGUUGCUCACAUGCUGCCUUCAUCUUUAUUAUGACUAUGUACACCCAACUUUAUGAGCGAAUAUCUUUUGGCUGGAGCACCGUAAAGAUUGAUAUGAGUGUCGUAAACCAGGUCCGACCCCUCAUACCUUUCAGUAUACCUGUGUUUGCAGCGACCCUAUUUGCCUUAGGCUUGGCUCUGGGCACCACUAUAGCUGUUGGUAUGCUUUUUGUCAUUCAAAUGAAGGUAAUCGUUCGAAACAAGACCUCAAUAGAAUCCUGGAUUGAGGAAAAGGCCAAAGAGAGAAUACUGCACUACCAAACUGGAGAGGAGUUCAUCUUUCCGUAUGAUCUUGGCACCCGUUGGCUAAACUUUAAGCAAGUUUUUACCUGGACAGGGAUGCCCAAGGGUGAUGGCAUUGUUUGGCCAGUGCAUGAGAAGUGUCACCAAUACACCUUAACAAUUGAACAAUUAAAGCAGAAAGCUGACAAAAGAGUGAGAAGUCAGGUCCAAUACCAGGCAGUGGAGGAUUAUAAUGGGGCUUGCUGUCCCAUCAGCAAAGGCCUUCAAACAUUUUUUAGGACCCCCUGCACUGAAGAGCCCAGGAUCCUACUCAGAAAAGGGGAUACCAUCCUGGCCACUCGUGGCACAAAAUGGUGGAUGUACGGAGACAAAGUUUUGACUGAGGAGCAAAUUAAGGCUGGAGAUCGAGUAAGAGGCUGGUUUCCAAGACGAUGUGUUGAGAAGUGCCAUUAUGACACAGCUGCCAGUGAUGACACCAGCGAGAAGAAAGUCAAUUAA